GAAGCUCAUCUCAUCUACUAUCAGGGUCGCACCGGCAGAGACCGAUAUUCGCCAGAUGUCUCACACUUGUCCCGUACUUGGAAUGCCUUAAUGCGCUAUCGCAGGCUCAUCACUGCGAGGCUCACUUCACCAUGGCAAUCCAGGCUAUGGACCAAUUAGAGUACGAGAGCAAACAUGUCCACCAGGUGUACGAAGAGAUAGCAACUCACUUCUCUGCCACGCGGUACAAGCCGUGGCCCGUGGUCGACGAGUUUCUGCGCCGUCUGCCAACCGGGGCUGUGGGUCUCGAUGUUGGUUGCGGCAAUGGAAAAUACUUGCCCGUGAAUAGAGAUGUCUUCAUCGUGGCGUCGGACAGGUCUAAGACCCUGGUCGAUAUUGCCAGUCAACACCAACCUCACAGUGCAGUCGUCGCAGAUACCUUGUACCUCCCUCACCCCAACUCCAAAUUUGAUUUCGCCAUAUCAAUUGCAGUCAUACACCACCUCUCCACGAGGGACCGCAGAAUUGAAGCCUUAAAGGUCAUUUUACAGACACUGACACCAGCCUCCCAGAACGAUGAUGGAGGUCAAGCGUUGAUCUUUGUAUGGGCUCUGGAGCAGAAAAACAGUCGACGAGGCUGGGACACAGGUCACGAUCAAGAUGUCCUGGUUCCAUGGGUACUCAAGCCCGACCAUAACGCACGACCGAACUCAGCGACGACCUACCAUCGCUACUACCAUCUGUACCACGAAGGGGAACUCGAGGAGGACGCAAAGACCGCCGGUGCUCGAAUAGUUCAAUCGGGGUUUGACCGUGACAACUGGUGGAUCAUCAUGGCACGGCAGCGUUGACAAGCUCUCUGAUCUCAUUAUCCCCUGAGCCUAUUCACCACGUUCUCCAGCGGCGCUUGUCCGCCUGUCACUAUAUUACAGCCUCUUCCUCGAUCGGCUCGUGGUAACGGCAUGCCCAAUUCGAUCACAAAACACUCAUGAACCCGGAACUCUAUCGUUACGCCCGCCUGCUAUUUGUUUGACGAUGCUCGCUCAAAUCCGAAACUGCCAGGAUAUAUCACCGAAAAGGAGAGUUGCGGUCUUUUGAGUUGUUGUACACAUGGUGGAAAGGGUCGUUGGUGUGGUAGGGAGGAGCAGAGAAUGCUGGCAGUCCUGCGGUGAGUUCCGCUAAGGAUGGCAGCUGCUGAGGGCCCGCAUACGACUCCUCCAGAGGCAUUGACUCACGCCUCGCCCGAAGAGGAGGCCCGAUGGGGCGAAGGUGUCCUCGCGGAGGUAGAGGCAUCGGCUCGUAUGUGCUGGUAGGAUUGCUGAGGGAGAACGGAGUCACUCCGGCACGCUUCGCCAUCUCGUGUUCUCCCAUCUGCCAGUGCAUUGCCUCGACAGCUCUCCAAGGCAUGGCCAUCUCUUCCGCCACUUUUGACCACAUCUCUGCACGGAAUCUGGUGAUGGCAGCGUCAGUUCAUGGCCUUGUAACGUUCGAGGGCGACUGCAAGACGAGACUGCAAGUUGGGUUCCACGAUCUGGUGCGACGUUUCUCAACAUACCUCUCGUACAACCUUGCGAGCUUAUUCUUGCGAUCCUCGUCCCAUUCACUUCUCCUCUCCAGGUAAUUCUGAUAGUGCAAUCUGCAGCUGAUGGCACUACGACCCGGCAGGUGCUUGCUGAUAUCCUCCCACUUCAUCCCAUCCUGGCGAAGGUGAAUGAUUUUGGUGUCUUCUUCUGGGGACCAUUUGGACUGCUUCUUCGCAGGAGAUUGAACUGGAUGGUCUUGACUGGAAGACAACCUUUUCGCAGGUACCGCCGAGCGCGGCUGCGGUGGCAAAGGCGCCACGCUGGUGGCCACGCUCGAUGGCACUGAAUCUGAUCGAGACACUGAAGCGAGCGAACUGACGGACUGGCUUUCGUCUUCGUCGUUUGCCUUGAGUAAGGCCGAGAUAUCCACGAUGGGUGGUAUGGCGAUAUGUUGGUGGGACGAAUAUGAGGGUAAGGUCGUUGCACAAGAUCAGUGGUUGGUGCCAUACACAUGGGACCAGAAGAGGAGUAAAAGAUUUGGGUUGGCAGUGUGUCAGGCUGAACAAGGCCACUAGACGAGUACUAAUACCACUGGCUCCGGGUUUCCUUUGCACGACGCCGAUCGUCGUAGCGAGACCCAAGCAAGACGCCGGCGUUUCCACUGAACGUUGCAGGCACAGUGAACUCAGACACAGGAGCGGGCACAAAUAUUGUUAUUGAGAUAUCUGCAGGAAGACAGCAGGUGGGAUGAAGGUGAAAGUUACAACAAGCCAGCUUGUUUAAGAAGGCCUCUGAGCACUGGAAGUCGUCGAAAGUGCGGUCUGAAAUGCGGGUCAGUCCGACCAAAGAGUGCAAUGGAUCGCUCAUCAAUCUGCAUCAGGGAUCGUGGCAGAUGGCAGAAGAUGGACAGUCCUGAGCCCACAGCCUGGCUCUUGCGCUGGCUACUGGCAUCUGACACAGCAUUGCGGCGCAAAUAAGCUCGAGGGAGCAGGAAGAAUGUACUUCGCCUCGAGCUCCAUUCUAAUGCAGCCGCGGCGGUGCGGUUGCUGGCGUUCUGCACUAUUCCCAACCAGCGUUCGUCGUCUAGUUGUAUACUCCGGAAGAACACCUGAUAUCAUCUAUGGGGGUUUCCUUCAAGGACUUGGCUUGGGCUGGAGAACAACGCGGCGAGGAUCCAUAUUUUUUGCGGCUGUUCCCAGUCGACGAGACACACCGACAGGAGAGCUGCAUUGGCCCAGAAGGAGAGUCUACACCUCCACCACAGGAGGUAGCAGGGGUUUACCAUUUCAAGGAGGGCAUGCAGGAGAGUCUGCAUCUAGCAAUAGGCGGAGCACAGUGGCGCCACAAAGCAUCUCCAGCAGGCGA